CUAUGUUUGUCCUCUGUAGUUGUGCCUUUCUUUUGCUGAAAUCCAUACUUUUUCAAUCAAAUACAACCACCGACUGUUUGCUCAUUGCUGUUGCGCAAAGAUGGCAACUCUGCGCAAAUGCCAAUUGAAUCUCAAUAAGGAAACAGUUGGUGGUUGCUUUUGAUUCACGUUUAUUGAAAAAGUAUGGAUUUCAGCAAACAAAGAAAGGCACGCAACUACAGAGGAUAAACAUAGGUACAAGGGAUCCUCUCCUCUCACAACCCAGCAUCCUAGGAUUGAUACUACAGCAGAUCUUUAAAGAUGACACCCACACCCACUGUAACGCUCAACACCGGGGCCAGCAUGCCUAUCGUGGGCUUGGGCACAUGGAGGGCAGAAGCAGGCAAGGUAGCAGAGGCAGUGAGAGCAGCCAUCUCUGCAGGCUACAGACACAUAGACGGAGCCUACUGUUACCAGAAUGAGGAUGAGGUGGGGGAUGGCAUUCACACCAUGAUUGGCCAGGGGGUGGUGAAGAGAGAGGAGAUUUUCAUCGUCAGUAAGCUGUGGUGUACUCUCCAUCAGAAGUCUAUGGUGAAGGAAGCCUGUCAGAAGACUCUGAGGGACCUCAAACUAGACUACCUGGAUCUCUACCUGAUACACUUCCCUAUGUGUUUUCAGCCUGGUGAGAACCUAUUUCCUAUUGGUGAAGAUGGACAAGUAAUCGCAGGUGACAGCAAUUUCCUGGACACUUGGGAGGGUAUGGAGGAGCUGGUGGAUGCUGGUCUGGUCAAGGCUAUCGGUGUCUCCAACUUUAACAAAGACCAGAUUGAAUCCAUCCUGAACAAGCCAGGCCUCAAGUAUAAACCUGCCAACAACCAGAUUGAAUGCCACCCCUAUCUGACUCAGGAGAAGCUGAUCAACUACUGUCACUCUAAAGGCAUCUCAGUGACAGCCUACAGCCCUCUGGGCUCCCCAGACAGACCAUGGGCGAAACCUGGUGAGCCGGCUCUGCUUGAGGACCCAAAGAUAAAGGCCAUCGCUGAUAAACACAAUAAGACCACAGCACAGGUCCUUAUCCGCUUUCAAAUCCAAAGGAAUGUGAUCGUCAUUCCCAAGUCGGCGACGCCCUCCCGGAUCAAGGAAAAUUUCCAGGUGUUGGACUUUGAGCUGAAUGACGAAGACAUGAAAAUCAUCCUGGAUUUCAACAGGAAUUGGAGAGGAUUCGCUAUGGAAUGGGGCAACAAGCACAAAGACUUCCCUCUGCAUGCAGAGUACUGAAACCUCCAAGUGGAACUGGAACUAAAGACAAAGGACACUGACACGACACCCACAUUCCUAUAAUGUAGUGCCUGUCUUCCUAUCUGUGAAAGACACUGGGGACAUUCAGCGAGAAGUCCAGUAGUUGUAUAUAGAUUCAACCACUACUUUGACAUUGUUCAUGAGAUACAGAGAAGUUCAGUAGGCGAACAGAACGUCCACAGAUAAUGUCAGUGUGUAAUGUAAUAAGUGCCAAAUAGUGUUGCCUUUACUUGUUCAGAGUUUAAACAUGUGGCAUGUUGCAUAGUUGGAAAGUGCCUUUGAAAAGCAUGGCGUCCCUGUGCUCCUCGUUCUAUGAAAUUAUAAUUCAUUACAGUGCUCUUUAGAGAUAUAGCUCAAACAAUAUGUUAACAUUGACAAUUUACACAGUAAAAUGUGACUCAUUCCAGAAUUUCUUGAUGUUCUGCACUAAGAUGUUAUGUAGUUCUACAUAUUUUUAAACAAGAUUCUAAUCCUGAAAUAUACACUUCUAACUGAC